AUGAUGCCGGAGUCGUGCUUAGGAAUAGCUUUCGUGGUGGUAGAUUAUGAUGCAGACGAGUCUACGAGAAGGAACGUUGAGGACGGAGGCGAUAGGCCGUCCGUCGAUCGCUACGCCCCUGGGCGUUCGGUCGCUGCAAGAAACAAGCAGCAAAUCAAUGCUGGAAACAUUGCUAAAUCUGACCGAGUGAUGGGAGGUAACGAGCCGGGGACAGUAAAACCUGUGCGGAUUAUCAAAAAGUAA